ACCGAAAAUUGAGAUGGCCCAACCGGGUUCGAACUGGUGACCUCUUGAUCUGCAGAGUUGCAAGCUAAACUUCUAAGUCCUUCUAUUAUUCUAUCUCCUGGCCCUGCUUUUGAUGACACCCUACGCACCUUUAACGAGUUUACAGGUUCUGGUCUCUUACAUGACCCUAGUGGAGUUGCUGCCCCAAAACUUAUGAAGAAAUAGGCAGAUAUGUAUUUCGCGAAGGUUGUUGCUACUUCAGAUUCUGUUUUCUCGUUGACUACACGUCAGGUGGCUUGUGGAAGUCUCAGCAGAGUGCACAUUCUUCUGACUGGUUGCGUGCUGUUCCUAUUGCUGGGUUGGGCCAGACUAUGAAUGGGAGGACAUAUCGUAGUGUGCUUAGCUAUCGAAUGGGUGUCCCGUUGUUUUCGGUAUCUAAUCCCUGCCCUGCUUGUUCCCGUGUCUUUCUUGGUGAUGUCUUUGGUGAUCAUAUGUUGUGUCAUGUGCGGUUCUGUGGGCAUUAAGCAUCGGCACAACCUCGUUCGUGACACCUUAUUGGACAUCUGUUAUAGGUAUGGGAUUUCUGCAGGUAUGGAGGUUGAUAUCGGUUUGGUUGAUGGACAUGGCAGACCCCUUCGUCCUGUAGAUUUGCUGCUUUAUUCCUGGGACAGGGGGCGAGAUGUGUGUGUAGAUUUGACUGGAUCUUCACCUCUGACGCAGACUGGGAUGACUGAUUUUGUGCCUGGCCGAGUUGUUGCUGAUGCUGCUCAGCGAAAAUGUGUCAAGUACCGGGACUUGUGUAUGACGGUUGGUUACGGUUUCCUGCCCUUUUCUUUUUCUUCGCCGGAAGAGUUGGAUACAGACGCUGUGGCUUUGCUCAAGAGGAUCCAGAAAUUCUCCAUAUUUCAUGAUACAGGGGCUCGGGCGGCCGCGUGCAUUUUUACUAAACUUAGUUUUUCUAUGAUAUUAUCGUGAAACUAAAUAUUACCACAAAACCUCUCAUUCUCAUCCUAAGUCAUUUUCCUUAAGAGUUUUGAAAGGUUAAUAUUAUGGAAACCAUUCUUCUACAUCGUCAUCAGAUUUUUCAGCUAUUAAAAACCAUGGUAGCUAUUGAAACCAGUUUUUACCGAUCUCGUCUCUCCGCAGUUUUUAGCUCAUAACUUCUUUUAUGAUAAAAAUAUCACCAAUAUUGAUAAUCUACUCGCAAUUAUUCAGAUGGGUGUUGGGUGAAUUGUGAGUCACCCAAAUAAUUCGUAACAUAUUUUCAUAUGUCAAAAAGUUAUUUUUUUAUUUAUGUCAUCGAAUAGUCAUCAUAUUUCUCAACCAUAUUGCACAUUAACCAUAAACUUAGUGGGGUAUAAAGAAUAUUUUGGACA